CAAACGUCAAUUUUCAAGCGAAAGUAGAAAAUACAACUAAAAAAUUCGAAUAUGUCUCUAUUUAGGAAGCCCAAAAAGACUAUCCAGCGGCGAGUAUUCACGGAAAACAAUGACGACGAGGACGACGAGACUCCAAUGGACGUCCAAGAGACCGUACGAACCGAGAAAAAGUCGAAGAAGAAAGACAAAUCCUCCAAAAAGCAAGCCCUCCUGAGCUUCGACGACGAGGAGGAAGGCGAAAUGUUCCAAGUGAAAAAGUCCUCGCACAACAAGAAGGUGUUAAAAAUGUUCGAAAAGGAAAAGAGGAAAAAGGAGACCAAGCCCGAGAAGGAGGACGUCAAAUCUAAAAACAAGACCGAAAUAGUCACAGACGAUUUCGUUUUAGUGGUGAAUUCCAGCCACAAGAAACCGCAAACUCCCCCGCCACCGGUCAUAAUCAGCGGUCGGGACGCUUUGUUCAUUGGCAAAGACGAUCUAUCAUCGGAAGAAGAAGACUCCACCGUCGGACACAGAUUUUCCAAACCCGAUAAUUUCAAGAAAGUACUAGAAUCGGGCGCCAUACCCGACGCAGCAAUGAUCCACGCUGCAAGGAAACGCCGCCAGCGCGCCAGAGAAAUGGGCGAUUUCAUACCCGUCGAAGAAGAAGAACCCGAAGAUAAAGGCCGGUUAAUGAGAGAAGACGAAAACGACGAAAGCGACGAAGAACGAAUCGACAUGGACGUUAACCUUCUUCUAAAAGACAAAGAACGCAGACGGGAGCAAUUCCUAGCAGCCCAAUCGUCCCCCGAUCUCGAAGCGGACGAGUGGGAAGACCAGCAACUCAGAAAAGGCGUCACAGGAGCCGCCAUGGAAGCCGCCAGAGAAAUGCUCUAUCCAGUCGAGUGCCCUUCGCCUCCUCGUAUAACCACCCAAGUACCGAUCAUCGAACCGGGGAUACCCAGAACCCCGCAAAUGAUCGCCGAAAAGCUCAGAGAACAAUACGAGAAGGUCCUUCGAUCGCGAGACGCCCACGAGGCCCAGUUGGACAAAACCAGAAACGACAUCGACGAGGUCAAAAAGGAGAUCGAAGAGUUGAAAGUUAAAGCCCCCACGGCCGCCACUCGGUUCAGGUUCUACCAGGAGCUGCGCGGCUACAUAACGGACCUCGUGGAAUGCUUGGACGAGAAAGUUGGAGUGAUUGCGAACUUGGAGACUCGCGCGUUGGAUUUGAUGGCGCGCAAAUCGGACUGGUUGAUAGAAAGGAGGCGGCAGGACGUGCGGGACCAGGCCGAAGAGGCCACCAACAAAGGGGCGCCGGUUAAUAAAGGGUUGGAGGGCGAGGAGAAGCAACGAAGGGCGGCCGAGAGAGAAGGGAGAAGGACGAGACGGAGGAGGGGUAGGGAAUCGUCGGGGCAACCUAAGCACGUUGAAGGUAUGUCGAGCGAUGAUGAAAUUUCGCAGCAGGAUAUUCUACUGUUCGAUAAGGAAAGGGAGCAAAUUCAGGCCGAAUUGGAGGAGGUUUUCGAAGAUGUCGUAGAGGAAUACUCGACUUCUGCGAGCAUAUUAAUCCGCUUCGAAAAAUGGAGGUCUAAUGAUUUAACAGCCUAUUCGGAAGCCUACGCUUCGUUUUGCCUACCCAAGGUGGUAAGUCCGCUGGUUAGGCUUAAUUUGGUGUUUUGGGAUCCCCUAAACGAAAUGGUGGAAUUGGAAAAACUGGAGUGGUACAGAACUUUAGCUCUCUACGGUUUACACGAUGAUGAAACUGAAGAAACUUUAGCAAAAGAUCCUGAUAUUUCGUUACUUCCUAGUUUAAUUGAUAAAAUUAUAAUACCAAAGCUCACUCAACUAGUAGAUAGAUGUUGGGAUCCCCUAUCGAGUUCUCAAACUCUACGAUUGGUUGGGACUAUAAGUAGAUACAUCAGAAGAUUUCCAACGCUAGGCCCGGCCAGUAAAUCACUUCAUAAUCUAUUCAGCGCUAUUAUGCACAAAAUGAAAACCGCUUUAGAGCACGACGUAUUCAUUCCGAUCACUCCGAAAAUAGCCGAUAGCAAGUGCCAGUUUUUCCAGAGGCAAUUCGCCAGCGGUUUGAAGCUGCUGAAGAAUAUCACGAGCUGGCAGGGCAUCCUGAACGAGACCACCCUCAAGGAAUUGGCCUUGACGGCCCUUCUGGACAGGUACCUGUUGAGCGCCUUGAAGUUUUGCUCUCUGAUAGACGCCGUGCAGAAAGUGAGGCUCAUCAGUUUGAUUUUGCCGAGGGUCUGGUUGCAAGGCAACACGCCGGAGUUCAAGAAUUUCACGAAUUCCGUGAUGAAUUUGCACCAGCAGCUGGACAAGAACAAUCCCGUGCACCUCGAGCCGAUCGAAACUGUGACGAGCAUUUUGAAAACGCUAAGGUCUCAAAAUUAGUUUAAUGUUAUUUAUAUUAGUGUUAAU